UCCACGAACACGAUGUUGCAAGACGCCAAACUCUACUUGUUUUCUCCCAAGCUUAUUGCACCCAAAAAUUACCAGACUGCAGCGCCAACAAUUUCUUCACAGCCUCAGCAUUGCUUGUUUCACUGGUAUCCUUUCACUUCAUCCAAAACUUUAGGUUUUAACCAAAGUUUUUGGUCACAAAAUCAUCAUUUUCAUAAACUAAUACUAACAAAAUUUGCUUGUUAUAAGAAUUCAGUCCUUAGGCUUUUCGAUUCGAAGAAGCCUGGAAGCAAUCCAGCCCCUAAUUUCUCUAGACUUAAUCGUAAUUUUCUCGUCCAAUCUCCAUCAGCUGCUAUAGGAUUCAGGACACUUGGUGCUGUUAGGCAUUAUCACAAAUAUAGAGGACCUUCCCUAGCACUCAAGGAUUACUCUAAAUUUGCUCGAUUUAUGAAACAUGUUAAAGAGUAUAAAGUACUUUAUAUCGUUGGUAUAGGAAUUGUUACCAUUUUCACAAUUGGCAGUUGGGAAACUAUACCUUACUCGAAACGAAAGCACUUCGUACUAAUUCCACCUAGCAAGGACACAAGUUUUGGAAAUUUUAUUUCUAGAACGAGGGAAGAAAUCUUUGUUCUUCCUCAGGAUCACCCUGAUAGUGUACGCGUGAGGUCGAUCUCAAACAAGAUACUUAGGGCAUUACAAAGCGACUUGAAGAUCAAAGAGAUGACUGGUUUGGAAUAUAGUUCAAGAAAUAUCACUAGUAAUGUUGAUGAGAAGGAAGCAGCAGUGCCAUGGUGGCGACGAACUAAAUUCUCUACUAGGCAUUUGGAGGGAUUAGGUUGGGAGGUUGUGGUGGUGGAUAGAUAUCUGAACAAUGCUUAUGUCCUACCAGGAGGAAAGAUUGUGGUGUACAAAUAUUUGCUUAAAAGUUGCAAGUCGGAUGAUCAGGUUGCUGCUGUCAUCGGCCAUGAGGUUGGGCAUGUUGUUGCUAGGCAUUAUGCUGAAAGAUUUACAAAAGCGUUGUGGUUUGUAAUUGGAAUGAUGAUCAUCUUCUCUGGCGGGUCUGGGAGGUCCCCUCCCCCUCAUCCUCUAGGUACAGAGAAGCUGGCAGAACUUGUCCUCAAUCCUUGCUCACGGAGGAAUGAGAAAGAAGCAGAUUAUAUUGGGCUGCUUCUGAUGGCAUCAGCUGGCUAUGAUCCUCGUGAGGCACCUAAGGUGUAUGAAAUGCUUGACCCUCCUGAUGAUUCUUCGACAUCAAAAUUCAAAUUUAUCAGAGACUUUUUUAGUGAGUUAUUUUCAACGCAUCCAUCUGGAAAAAAGAGAAUUGCGGCACUGUCCAAGCCCAAAGUGAUGGAAGAAGCAAUGACCAGAUAUUCAAAAGCUAUCGAGGCAACGAGAAGGGAAGAGGAGGAAUGUCAAUGUCUGGAGGGAGAAUUUGAUGUUUGCGGAUCUUGAUGGAGAGAAGUUGGCCAGGAUAUGGAGUUUCUGAAAGUCAGGGGAUGCGAUUAUGUGAAGGCGUAAAGCAGAAACUGGAACAUUAGUGCUGUUGUUUUUCCAGUAGUUCCUGCAGUUUAUAGCAACCUCAAAUGGAGCUAUAAAAUACACAAAACAGAACUGCUCCCAAUAUUUGUUACUCCAAAGUUUUAAGAAGAUAUUUAAGAUAUUCUAAUUUUGUAGUUAAAUGAUCCAAAAUAUUGAAAAACAGGAAUUUGGCUAAAAUUUCUUUAAAAUGUGCAUCCUGCAGAUAAUGUAUCUUGCCAUUUUUUUUUUUUGGAUUAAGUCAGAGUCAGGCAUCUUCAAGAUUUGUACUCCUUCAUCAGCAAGUCAACUUACACCUCAUCCCUCCAUGUAGCAGUGCGCAAGGUCUACCUCCCAAUUCGAUUUUCUAUGAUUUCUCCAGAAGAACUGAUAACAUGAACAAAGUCACCUCCUAGAGAUCUCGUUCCAUAGAAUUUGCACACAAGCAAUGCUAUU